AUCUGUGCGGCCGCCUUGUUGGCAAUGAAAGACUCAAUGAGCAUAUUAACCCAGACGCUGCCCACGACUACAGCGCCCAGCGAGCCGUUGCCACAUCAUUCGCAUUCGCUUUCGCAUCAUCAUCAUCAUCAUCAUCAGCAUCACUAUCCGUUGCAUCCACCGCCGGUCAAUAUGUCCAUGUCCACCUCGUCCAAUUUGAAGCCAAAUCGAUCCCGCUUCAUGAUCAAUGACAUUCUGGCGGGCAGUGCGGCCGCUGCUAGCGCUGCUGCAUUCUAUAAGCAGCAGCACAACAACAACAAUAAUAACAACAACACCAGUAACAACAACAACAACAACAACAAUGCUAAUAAUAAUAACGAACUCUUGGAUGCUGAGCCUGAGACGAGCCUGGCGCCACCGCCGCCUCCACAUCAGUUGCCCCACCAGCCGCAUCCACAUGCCCUGGCGGCAGUUCAUGCCCAUCAUCAGCAUCAACAUCCGCAUCCGCAUCCGCACACACUUCCGCACGCCAAACUGACCCACUUUGGACCCACCGCCCAGAUGGGCGCCAACGGCUUGAACGUGGCGCAAUAUGCCGCGGCAAUGCAACAGCAUUAUGCAGCAGCUGCCGCUGCGGCAGCGGCGCGCAACAAUGCAGCAGCUGCGGCGGCAGCAGCAGCAGCGGCCGCAGCGGCAGCCGCUGGAGCUGGCGAAGCGCCGCCGCCGCCGCCGUCGGCGGAGCUCGACGAUAGCAGCGACUACCACGAGGAGAACGAGGACUGCGACAGCGACGAGGCGGGCAGUGGCGGCGGUCACAUGGAUGAUCACAGCGUUUGUAGUAAUGGUGGCAAGGACGAUGAUGGCAACAGCAUCAAGAGCGGCUCCACCAGCGACAUGAGCGGGCUGAGCAAAAAGCAGCGCAAGGCGCGCACCGCCUUCACGGAUCAUCAGCUGCAGACGCUGGAGAAGUCGUUCGAGCGCCAGAAAUAUCUCAGCGUACAGGAGCGUCAGGAGCUGGCACACAAGCUGGACCUAAGCGAUUGCCAGGUGAAGACCUGGUAUCAGAAUCGCAGAACCAAGUGGAAGCGUCAAACGGCGGUUGGACUAGAACUCCUGGCCGAGGCUGGCAACUUUGCAGCCUUCCAGCGGCUUUACGGCGGCUCACCGUAUCUGGGUGCCUGGCCGUAUGCGGCAGCUGCCGGCGCCGGCGCCGCAGCAGCCGCGCAUGGCGCACCGCCACAUUCCAGCAUCGAUAUCUAUUAUCGUCAGGCGGCCGCGGCGGCGGCGAUGCAGAAGCCGCUGCCCUACAAUCUGUAUGCGGGUGUGCCCAGCGUCAGCGUUGGUUCGCUGAGCGCCGCAGCCGCGCCCUUCUCGCAUCUAUCCGCCUCCAGUUCGCUGUCAUCGCUAAGUAGCUACUAUCAGAGCGCGGCGGCUGCUGCCGCGGCAGCCAAUGGGUCCGCUGCUAGUGGCGCGGUGCCACCGCCACUUGCAGCAGCGCCCGCAGCCGGCGGCGGCGUUAGCAUCAUACACAAGCCACAGGCGCUGGCCACAUCGCCGGCAACGGGUGUGUUGGCGCAGGCGCAGAACGCCGCCGCAUCGCCGGCGCAUCCGCCAUCCACGCCCAGUCCCACGCUGAAUCCGGGCAGUCCGCCCGGGCGAUCCGUGGACAGCUCCCAGGCGCAAUCCGAUGAUGAGGAUCAGCUGCAGGUGUAAAGCGGCCCAGGUGCA